UGCGUUGCGUUGCAAAGCAGGGUGCGUCAUACUCAUUCCAACACCCAGCCAUGCAACUCCUGCAAACCUCUUAUCUCUUCACUUUCCCUAAACCCCUAAACCCUACCCUCCCCCUUCUCCACCACCGUCCUCCGCCACUCCUCCACCGUCCCCUCCUCCUCCAUCCCCGCGCCAAAUCCACCACCUCCGACGAGUUCCCCGUCGACGAUGCCUUCCUCGAGAGCUUCGGGCCCAAAGACAAAGAAACCGAGGACGAGGCCCGCCGCCGCAACUGGAUCGAGCGCGGGUGGGCCCCGUGGGAGGAAAUCCUCACUCCGGAGGCCGAUUUCGCGCGCAAGAGCCUCAACGAAGGCGAAGAGGUUCCGCUUCGCUCUCCCGAAGCCAUCGAAGCCUUCAAAAUGCUGAACCCUAACUACCGCAAGAAGAAGCGCGAGGAGAUGGGGCUCACGGAGGAGGAGUACUCCGCCAAGCAGUUCGAGAUCAAGGGCGAGAUUCCCGAGCCGCUCGUCACCUCUUGGUCGGGGCCGCUCGUGGUCCGCCUCGUGCCGCCGCGCGACUGGCCGCCGCGUGGGUGGCGCGUGGACCGGAAGGAGCUGGCGUUCAUCCGCGAGGCGCACAGGAUGCAGGCGAGGAGGGUGCGGUUGGAGGAGGUGGAGAGUGGAGUGAGGACUGAGACUGAUGACGUGUGUUUGGAUAGGUAUAAGGUGUUUCUGAAGCAGUAUAAGGAGUGGGUGGAGGCUAAUAAGGAUAGAUUGGAGGAAGAGUCUUAUAAGCAAGACCAAGAUUAUUACCCUGGUAGAAGGAAAAGAGGGAAGGACUACAAGGAGGGCAUGUAUGAGCUUCCAUUCUAUUACCCUGGCCAAAUUUGUGUAGGGAGUGACAACGUUGCAUCUCUAUCAAGGAGCAUUUGUUGACAUUGGCGGGGGACAUGAUGGGUGGGUUCCUAUAAAGAACAAUGAUUGGUAUUGGAUUCGCCAUCACAUAAAAGUGGGUAUGCACGUCAUUGUUGAAAUUACGGCAAAGCGAGAUCCUUAUCGCUUCCGUUUUCCUAUUGAACUUCGUUUUCUUGAGCCAAAUAUAGAUCAUCUGAUCUUUAACAGAUUUGACUUCCCACCAAUAUUUCGUCGUGAUGAAGAUACUAAUGAUGAUGAAUUACGGCGUGACUGUGGACGGCCUCCUGUUCCUAGAAAAGAUCCAGAAGACAAACCAGAGGAAGAACCUCUAUUAUCAAAUCAUCCAUAUGUUGAAAAGUUGUGGCAAAUUAAUGUAGCUGAGCAAAUGAUUUUGGAUGAUAUGGCGAUUAAUCCUGAUAAAUAUAAAGGCAAAACGCUGUCAGACUUGGCUGAUGAAGAAGAUUUUGAUGAACAAAAUGCUGUUCAGUAUACAAAAGUUCCUUAUAAGAAUACAUUAGUACCACAAACUACUCUGAAAACAAGUGUCAAAGAGCUUGACUUGGAGGCUGCACUUGCUGAGCGUGAGCUCCAUGUUAAACUAAGGAAGGAAGCAAUGGACAGAGGUGAGAAAUACAAAAUUACUCACCUGAGGCGCAAUAUUGAGAUGGACGAGUAUGACUACAUGCAUUGGCGUAGAUCAUUUGAGGAAAGAGAAGCAUUGAUUAGAGACAUCAGUUGUCGCAAAGUUCUUGGUCUGCCAUUGGAAGAGCCAGGAAGGUAUAUGGAUGCUAGUUAUUUUGGUAAUGAUGAAUAUGAUCCCACAAGUCCUCUGUAUCGUUAUGACUACUGGGGAGAACCCAAUAAUUCAGAAAAGAGCGUUCUAGAGCGGAUGACAGAUAUCCAUAACAAAAAAAUUGUCGGUAAGGGCAAUGUUUGGUAUGAAAUGUCUUACGAAGAUUGCAUCAAGCAACAGAUGGAAAGAGAAGCCCGGUCUGAAGAACAAGACCAAAUUAACAGUGAAGAUGAUGAAGAUGACAAAGAUGACGAUGACGAUGAUGAUUUUGACUUCAGUAUUCUGAACAGUCUCGGUAGUAAUUUCUCAGAUCAACCUCAUGUUAAUGGGACCGAGUCUUCUACAAUAUCAGGUGAGGGCAUGUUUGAGGAUUGAUGCUAUAAUGCAUCAUUGUCAAGCUAGAGUAAAAUGUACAGUUAGGCUGAGAAAUGUGCAUAAAUUUUGGCAGUGUACAAUGUAAUCACCACGGCAAUAUAAUUUAUUUGUGAUGUUUACGGAAAUUGUUAUGCAUGCACUUUUCUGAAAUUUGCUAAAGAAAAGAGCCAACCAAGGUCAAGUUAUCAUUUGCGUAA